GAGAAAAAAGAGUGUCAGACUCAGAGAGACUCUGCUCUUUGCUAUUUCGAUUCUUCACUCUCAUAAAACUACUCAACCCCAACAAAUCUUUUCUUAAAAAACAGAGCUUAAAUGCCGGGCUCUUGAAGAAACAGAGAGAGAGAAAAAAAAAAGAAGGAAAUCAAAGAUGGAGUGUGUUGGACUUGGAGCUCGGAACUUUGCGGCAAUGGGGGUGUCGUUUUGGCCUACUUUUCCGUCGCAGAGAAUCACGCUAAGUAGAAAACAAGGCCCAUUUCGUCGGUGUGGUUUGUGCCGGCAUUAUAUGAGAGUCAGAGCGGCCAGUACAGGGAGUGAGAGAUGUGUGGCUGUGAAUUUCAAAGAAGGUUUUGCUGAUAAGGAAGAUUAUGUAAAAGGUGGUGGGUCCGAGCUCCUCUUUGUACAAAUGCAGCAAAACAAGCUCAUGGAUAAGCAAUCUAAACUCGCUGAUAAGUUAGCACCUAUUUCUGUUGGGGAGAAUGUACUGGAUUUGGUCGUGAUUGGUUGCGGUCCAGCUGGGCUUGCUCUGGCUGCAGAGUCAGCCAAGUUAGGACUCAAAGUUGGACUCAUUGGUCCAGACCUCCCUUUUACGAAUAAUUAUGGCGUGUGGGAGGAUGAAUUUAAAGAUCUUGGACUUGAAGGGUGUAUUGAGCACGUUUGGCAGGAUACAAUUUUAUAUCUUGAUGACAAUGAUCCCAUUCUGAUUGGUCGUGCCUAUGGACGUGUAAGUCGACAUUUGCUCCAUGAGGAGUUGUUAAGAAGGUGUGUCGAGUCAGGUGUUUCAUAUCUUAGCUCCAGAGUGGAAAGGAUUUCUGAAGCUAGUAAUGGCCACAGUCUUGUAGCCUGUGAACACGAUAUUGUUGUUCCCUGCAGGCUUGCUACUGUUGCGUCAGGAGCAGCAUCAGGGAAAUUGUUGCAGUAUGAGGUGGGUGGUCCAAAGGUGUCUGUCCAAACAGCUUACGGUGUGGAGGUUGAGGUGGAAAAUAAUCCAUAUGAUCCCAGCCUCAUGGUUUUCAUGGACUAUAGGGACUACAUGAAACAAAAAGUUCCAUGUUUAGAAGCAGAAUAUCCAACAUUUCUUUAUGCCAUGCCCAUGUCUCCAACAAAAGUGUUCUUUGAGGAAACUUGUCUGGCUUCAAAAGAAGCUAUGCCUUUCGGUUUGUUGAAGAAAAAACUCUUUUCAAGGUUACAGACAAUGGGGAUCCGAAUUAUAAAAACUUAUGAAGAGGAAUGGUCUUAUAUCCCAGUUGGUGGAUCCUUACCAAAUACAGAGCAAAAGAACCUUGCAUUUGGUGCUGCUGCCAGCAUGGUGCAUCCAGCCACAGGUUAUUCUGUUGUGAGAUCUUUGUCAGAAGCUCCCAAAUAUGCUUCUGUAAUUGCAAAUAUUUUGAAGCAGGCUCAUUCUAAGGAUACUCUUACUCGUAUAAAAUCUACUGAGAAUAUCUCGAUGCAAGCGUGGAACUCCCUUUGGCCACAAGAAAGAAAACGCCAAAGGGCAUUCUUUCUCUUUGGAUUAGCGCUGAUUCUGCAACUGGAUAUUGAGGGCAUUAGGACAUUCUUUCAUACUUUCUUCCGCUUACCCAAUUGGAUGUGGCAGGGAUUUCUUGGCUCCACUCUCUCCUCAGCAGACCUGGCAUUGUUUGCCUUAUAUAUGUUUGUUAUAGCACCAAAUGAUCUGAGAAUGUCCCUUGUCAGACAUCUUCUUUCUGAUCCCACUGGAGCAACCAUGAUAAGAACCUAUCUUACAGUAUAGUUUGUAUCCUCUUAUUUUUUUCCCUUUGUUAGGUCUGUUAAAGAAAGCAAUUUAGACAACACUAGGAGCCUACCCACUUUUGAUAAAUACUAGGUAUUUGUAUAUACAUACACCUGUGUCUAUCCUAUCCUACCUCCUCUAGUCUGAGCACGAUGAUGUGGUUGUUGGUUACUUUGUACCCAAGAUGCACAUGUUGGAUUUUUGUGCUUUUUGUUCAUGAAAGUAGAGUUACAAUCUC